CUUCCUUCCACCACCUUCAACAAUUUCCAAGUCUUCUUUAUCAAUUCUUUUUCACCUUCAUUUUCUAGCUAAAUUAGCAACCAAUAGAGCCCAAUUCCAAUAGUAAAAAAGUGAGCAGAGAAAGAUGGUGAAGCUGCUUCUCUUACAUUCUUUCCUGGUACUGAUUACCCUGCUAAAGUGCACCACAACCUUAGCUCAGGCCCCGGCGCCAGGACCCUCUGGUCCGACCAACAUUACAGCCAUCCUCGAAAAGGCAGGGCAGUUUACUACGCUCAUCCGACUGCUAAAGAGUACCCAAAUGGCGGACCAGAUCAACCAACAGCUCAACAAUUCCAACCAGGGUAUCACUCUAUUUGCACCCACUGAUAAUGCCUUUUCUAAUCUCAAGUCGGGUACCCUCAACUCCCUCACAGAUCAGCAGAAGGUCCAGUUGGUGCAAUUCCAUGUCCUCCCUUCUUUCAUCUCCGUCUCGCAGUUCCAAACAGUGAGUAACCCACUACGAACCCAGGCAGGAAAUAGUAACAAUGGCCAGUUUCCUCUCAAUGUCACCACCACCGGCAAUCAGGUUAACAUAACCACCGGAGUUGUCAAUACGACCGUCGCCAACACCAUCUACACCGAUAACCAGCUGGCUGUCUAUCAGGUGGACCAGGUUCUCCUUCCCUUACAGCUGUUUGGCCCACCCUCGCCGGCUCCUGCACCUUCCAAGUCAAAGAAGGAAUCACCUCCAUCUUCCUCCGACGCCCCUACAGCCUCUUCCGAUGAUGCUCCAGUUGAUUCUUCUGGUGCAGUGGUUCUCACCCGGCAUUUGAUCGUCUCAUUUAUUGUUGCAGUAUUUGCAGCAUUUUCUUUGUGACCGCGAAUUCAUGAUGGUGGAAAGGUAAUGCACCAGGUGCUGGUAUGAUUGAUUAAAUUGCAUCAACUUGAUGAUGCUGCUGCUGAUGAUGAUGGUGAUGACAGGUGAGGUCUUGUGUACUAGUUCUGGUGUGAUCUCAUUGAAUUGAAUCCAUCGACUAUGAUCGAUAUGGUGAGAGUUUUGAAUAAUUUGUCACCCUUCUGGUUUCUUAUUUCUCUUAUCCCUUUUGUAUUUACCAUGGAAUGUUUGUUUGUGAUGAGGCCUUCUAUUUUUUUUUAAUUUCCUAAGAAUUUUUGUUAGAAGUUUUGUGCUGCAUUUGAAAAUUUUGCAUUAUUAUUUGUAUCAUCAUCAGGGUAAAA